CGGCCACAGGAGGAUGUGAAGAUGGGUUUAGCUUUCGGUCUCCUGUGGCUGUUUACCGGCUUCCUGCAGGGCGUGCACGGACAGGGCGUUUACGCGCCCCCUUCAGUGCGCAUCGUGCACUCAGGUCAGGCCUGUAACGUGGAGGAGGAGCGCUACAGCGAGAGAGUUUACACCAUCAGGGAGGGGGAGACGCUGGAGCUACAGUGUCUGGUGACGGGACACCCCCGACCACAGAUUCGUUGGACGAAGACGGCGGGCGGAGCCUCGGACCGUGCUGGGGACGGGUCUGUGGAGAACGACACUUUGAAGAUUGAUAAAAUCAGCCGCCACCAGGGGGGGCGCUACUACUGCAAGGCUGAUAACGGGCUGGGGUCCCCCGCCAUCCGGUCCAUACGAGUCGACGUCUACUACCUGGACGACCCCAUCAUAACGGUCCACCAGAGCGUCGGCGAGUCCAAGGAGCAGUUCUACUUUGAGAGGACGGUGUUCCUCCGCUGUGUGGCCAACUCCAACCCUCCUGUCCACUACACCUGGAGGAGAGGCAGAGAGCUGCUGACACAGGGCUCAGACUCCGGGGUGGAGAUCUACGAGCCGUUCUUCACGCAGGGAGAGACAAAGAUCCUGAAGUUGAAGAACCUCCGUCCUCAGGAUUACGCCGACUACACCUGCAUCUCCUCAGUCAGGAACGUCUGCGGCAUCCGAGACAAGAGCGCACACUUCAUCCUGAGCAAUAAGACGGCCCCGCCCGCCAUCAAGCUCCUCCUGGACGACCCCCUGGUGGUGAAUCAUGGCGAGACCAUCACUCUGGUGUGCGUGGCGUCGGGCGGAGACCCUCCUCCCUCCCUGCAGUGGGUGAGACCGGGAGGGGAGGAACUCCCAAAGAGGAGCAUCGUUAAAGCUGGGACGCUGACCAUCCCGGGGGUCACCAUCGAUGAGGGCGGGCCUUACACCUGCGUGGCCACGAACAACGUGGGAAACCCCGCCAAGAAAACCGCCAACCUACUGGUCAGAGGUCUUCGUAAAGGUCGCUUCUGGAUCACCCCCGACCCGUACCACAACGACGACAACAUCCAGAUCGGCCGGGAAGUGAAGAUCAGCUGUCAGGUAGAGGCCACGCCCCCUGAGGAGCUCCAGUUCAGCUGGCUGAAGAACGGUCGGCCCCUGAGGAGCUCAGAGCGGAUGGUCAUCACCCACACGGACACCGAGGUCUCACCUGGAACCACCAACCUGGACAUCAUCGACCUCAAGUUCACCGACUUCGGCACCUACACCUGCGUGGCCUCGCUGAGGAACGGAGGAAGUCCUGAAAUCAGCAUCGACGUCAACAUCUCAUCCACUACAGUUCCUCCGGAGCUGACCGUCCCCAGGGGGCGCUCUCACCUCAUUGCUCAGGAGGGCGACACCGUGGACCUGCAGUGUCUGGUCUCAGGGAAACCCAAACCCAUCAUCCUGUGGUCGCGGGUGGAGGAGAGCGCGGCGGCGGCGGCGGCGGGGGCGGCUCUGAUGCCGGAUGGCUCGGCACAGAUCGAGAGCUACGAUGGCGUCCUGAGGAUCGCCAACGUCACCCGGGACAUGAGCGGCACGUACCGCUGCCAGACCAGUCAGUACAACGGGUUCAACGUGAAGCCGCGGGAGGCUCUGAUCACGCUGGUGGUUCAGUUCCCGCCCGUGGUGGAGCCGGUGUUCACAGAAAUCCGUCAGGCACUGGGCCGGGCCUUCAGCCUCACCUGUCGCCUGCUGCGCGCUCAUCCGGCCCGCCUCCUCCGCUACGAGUGGAAGCUGGGUUCUCGCCUCCUCACCAUGGGCCAGUUCAGCGACCAGCGGGACGACACAACCUACCAGGUCAAAGCUCUCAACAGAGAGGGCUACGGCGAGUACACCUGUGACAUCACCAACGAGGCCGGGGCUGGGCGCUGCACCUUCCUGGUCACAGGUAAGGCCUACCCUCCAGAGUUCUACUACGACACCUACAGCGCCCUGUGGCAGAACAGACCCCGAGUCUACGGCUUCAAGCUGCAGUGGACGCAGAUGGAGCCCAGUGCCGUGGACCGGAUCCUGGCCUACAGACUCGGGUUCAGACAGAUGAGCCAGACCCGCUGGUGGGAGCAGGAGAUCCCCAUGGAGGGAAACAUCCAGAAGGGGGAGCUGUUGACCUACAACCUGACUGAACUCAUCAAACCUGAGUCCUACCUGGUCCGCCUCACCCCCAUCACCCGCUUCGGAGAGGGAGACUCCACAGAACGUGUCAUCACCUACAGCGCUCCGGUUAACCCACAUCUCAGGGAGUUCCAGUGCGGUUUCGAGGACGAGGCGUUGUGUUUGUUCUCUCAGGACAAAACCGACGUGUUCGACUGGACACGUCACAGCGCCGCCACACGGGACACUAAAUACACGCCAAACACGGGCCCGAGCUCCGACCACAAUGGCUCCAAACAAGGUUUCUACAUGUACAUCGAGACCUCCAGGCCGCGGCUGGAGGGAGACAAAGCCCGCCUGCUUUCUCCGACCUUCAACAUGAACACCAAGAGCUCCGCCUCCUCCGUCAGCAACAGCCCCACCUACUGCUUCGCCUUUUACUACCACAUGUACGGGAAACACAUCGGAGCCCUGAACGUGUUUCUGCGUCAGAAAGGUCAGACGGUGACCGACACCUCGGUCUGGAGUCUGACCGGGAACCAAGGAGACCGCUGGAGACAAGCCAAGGUCAACAUCCACCCGACAGCAGCCUUCCAGAUGGUGAUCGAGGGCGUUCGAGGCUCUGGUAUCGAGGGAGAUAUCGCCAUCGAUGAUGUCACCAUUGAAGAGGGCGAAUGUAAAGACCCUCCUCCAAUCAAUUUAAGGUCACUCGCCCCGCCCUCCUCUCCUCAUAUAUGGCAGCUGUGCGUCACUCUGAGUCUGGCUCUGAUUGGCCGGCAGAGGUGACCCCCCCCCCCUUGAGACACCGUGACUUUUGACUCCUCUGACCCUGCCCCGUUUUAGUCAUUUGUCCAUCCAUUCAUCUUCAUAAUCAUCAUCAUCAUCAUCAUCAUCAUCAUCCCCCCACCAUCGACACCCUCCACCCCUCCUCCUCCCCCAAACUACCAAAGACUCGGUCGGAGCUUCAGAGAGACUUCCCGCCAAGAUGGCUGACACAAAAGGUCAACGUUCCCAUGGAGACGUCGAAAACCAUGGUGAUCUAAAACAUUUAUGAACCUCUCCAUCACACACAGAGAAUAAUAACAUGAAUAUUUUCAUCUUUAAUCUUUUGGUAAAGAAACAGAAAAGGCUGACGUCUUUAUAAAUUCAUCCUCAAACAUCGACAUCACGACUACACUAGUGUGUUUAACAGACCAGUGUCAGAAUCAGGGGGGAAAGGGAAUUUAUACAUAACAAUGUUUUAUAAGUCAAGGUGAACUCUAGGCAUUAAAAAGGAGCAGACAUAAACCACCACCAGAGGCCGCUUUAUCCUCUUCCUUUAAAAAAAAGCAGGAGCUGGGUCCCAAUUCAGGGGCAGCAUCCUUGAAUAACCUUUAUCAUGCCUUACUCCUUUGUUAAGAAGCACCAUAUUAUUCAUAGCUGCCUCAAAGCAAGAGUACAUGACUGCAUCUUAUAAUAAAACCAGUUAUUUUGAAGGUUACACAAAGUUUCAUGCUCGUUUCUUCUUUCAACGUUUGUAUAUUGCUGGUCUUUUAUUAGAGUUUUUAAUGCAGUGAUCAGAUUAUUAUAAUGCAUUUCACUGGCAGAUCUGUUUUUCAAAUGCAUGCAGUGAUGCAUCUAAAACGUUUUCCAGAAGCAGAUAAAGCCGAUAAUAUCUCUUAAUGUCUGCAGUGAACUAAACAUAGAGCAGAGAUACAUGAGGGCAAGGGAAAUGUUUCUUUACUUCAUGCUUUCAUGGCCGUUUUUGUUGCACUUUCUUCAGGUUUAUAAUCUAUAGGCUUGUUUUGAAAGUGACUGGGGGCCGUAUUGAUUUAAGAGAAGGGCCACAUAGGGCCACAUAGGGCCCCUAGGUGGGCAGGGGCUCGCCCCAGCAUUCAAGUG